AUGUAUAUCUGUGCGGAUGCUCCAUUGGCUUUGCUUGAGACCGAUCACUUGUCUGUGGAAUCCGGUAGUCUAGCCGGCUCGCAUCGUGAACUGAAUGGACGUGAACACGUGUCAGAAUCGAGCCCCGGUGUGACGGAUUUGGCAGAUGAAUUCGACUUGGACGUUUGCCUCAGUGGUUCCCUGUCCGAUCUGGUGGUGAAUUUCGAUGAUACUGUCUACUGCAUUGACUCCAUUAAGGGGCCAGAGGUGGCUCAAGCUUCCCUGAAACAGACUGAUAGUCAUCUGCCAAAUCAGGCCACAUUGUCACAGGUCAAGUUUUGGUGGCGCGAAGCAGUGGAAGAACAACAACCACGAAUGAGCUACCCGUUACAAGAGCUUCAGCCCAAAUUGACUUCAUACGAUGACGUGAGUUGUGCUCAUCACUGCUGUUUUAAAUGGCAGUCUCACGUAUAA